AUGAACAAGCAAAAUUGUUACACCACCUCAUUGGGAGGAGUAUCCUCCAUUAUGAUAAUCAUAUUUCUUGGAAUAUUCUUUUACAGUAACAUAGUGGGUUUUGUGACAAAGUAAAAGGCUAAUGCAAAAUUGUAAACUCUUUUCAACAUUGAUCCUGAUAUGGUUAUAUUGAACAAUACCAAUUUUAUGACAGCCUUUUCUAUCGAUUAAGUGAACUUUACAAGUCAACCCCUCUUCAAUAUUACUAUAGAAUAAAAGUAUUACCAUAGACAAGCAAAUGGAACGAUGAGCAAAACAAGUUCUUUUUUAGAACUUUAACCUUGCACAAUGGAUCAAUUUACCACAAAAGUUUAGAAUGGAAAUUCAAAAGCAAUCGAACAAUAAUUUUAGUCUUUAGGAAUGAAUAAUUGGCUUUGUCCAAAAGACGAUUUUAAAUUUAAAUUAUAAGGCUCUUACGGAAGUGAGGAUUUCUAUUUCGUUAAGAUAACGGUUAAGGAUUGUGUGAACACCACAAAUCCUUCAAUCGAUUAAUGGAAUCCAAUUUGUGCAAGUCAGGAGCAAUUUGAAAAUGCCCUUUCCAGAGACGGCUUUUUUAAACUCCAGGUUUAUCAAAUAAACACUGUUGUGAAUCCUGCAUCUCCAUCUAAUUAUCUUGAAAUCUAUCUAGAUAGCGAUUUAUAUUUCAAUUUUGUACCUAAAUCAUUUAGUAAUAUGGCAAACAUCUAUUACAGGCAAUAUGAAAUUAACAACGACAACAGUAUCGUACCAUUUUAAGAGGUAGAAAAGCAAAAGAUCAUUUUGAGAACUUCUGAAGACUUUCGAGAUUUAUCAGUGACAUCUACCCUACCUAAUUAAAAUUAUGCGGAAAUCUUCCUACGAAGAAGUUAAAUGAAUGCUUAAAUUGAUAGAAGUUAUUAGCAAAUAGGUGAAUUAUUGUCGUAUCUUGGGGGAUUUAUGCAAAUAACUAAGCUUAUUUUUGGACUUUUCAUAGCUUUCUACAAUAGGACAUCGUGUACAAAAUAUUUCUUAACUUUAGUAUUGAUUGAAUUAUCCAAUAAAUUGUAUGAUUUCAAAGAAGGAUAAGAUAGAUUAUAGAGUAAUCCUUCAUUUAGUUCCAGAACACCAAGAUUCAUUUAGGAUGCUUUUAAGUUGAAAGGGUUGCUGGAUACUAAAAAUUCUGAGGGAGAUGUGAAAAAAAGAUCGAAUACUGUGAUUAGAUAGAAUGUACUGAGGAAAUUAAUUAAAAAGUCAGAACCGAUUAGGUUCAGUGUUAAGUUAUUCUUAAAUUAAAUUACAUGCGGAAUAUGUUUCAACGAGAGAAACUCGAAGUUUUUGAAGAAAGCAAUUGAUAAAAUGAAUGAAGAUUUGGAUUUACACAGUAUCCUCUUUAAGAUAAAUGAGAUUAAUAAAUUAAAGGAGGUGCUAUUUAAUUAGUCUCAAAUAAUUCUAUUUAACUUUACGCCAAAACCAAUAAUUGCUUUGAAUGACGAUUAAGCAAUACCAACAAGAAUGAACUUUGAAGAUGACGAAUAGCCAAUUCAACCCUUCAAGCAAUAACUUAGUUAUUAUGAUAAAAAUUUACAUAACAUAGUGUAUUAGGCUUACACUGAUAUGUUGGAAGAGAUCGAAGACGAGUAUGUUCCAAAAUGUUAGUUGGAAGUGGAUUUAAAGCUAAUCCACUUAUUGGGACAUGACAUAACAAAAAUCUUUAGUGAAUAGCUACAAUUAGAUUAGCCAUAGAAUUAUAUGGAUUUUAAGGUGGAUAGUGGGAAAAAUAGUUUAAGAACUCUGCACUAAAUUGUUACCAAGAAAGAAAUUGAUAAAGUGGUAGAAACAGAAAGAAAUGAUGGAAAACUUAUUUAAUGA